AUGGUAUGAGGUGGAGCUUUUGACCAACAACAAACAAGAUGUCCUGAAGUAGAUGGAACAGUCAUCUGUUUAUUGUUUGCAGGAUAAACACACAGCGCAGGACACUGUUGUAAAGGGUGAACUGGUAAAGUGAGUUCAAAUGUUGCCUGUGGAUUACCAUGAAUAUGCUGGGAGCUGGUAACUGUGCAACAACAGAGACACACAGAAAAGCAGUGCAGAAACACAUGGAGCUGCUGGGUGAGAGAGUCUGGAGUCACACUAUAGUGCUGUUCACAUGGGGGGACUGGCUGGGAGACACGAGCAUUGAGCAGCACAUUGAGAGUGGAGGAGAGGCUCUGCAGUGGGUUGUAGAGAAAUGUGGGAACAGGUAUCAUGUUGUAGACAAUGAGAAGAGGGAUGGUGGCCAGGUGACAGAGCUGCUGGACAAGAUAGAGGACAUGGUGGCAGGAAACAGGGGCCAUCAGUUUGACUUUGACAGAAAUAUUUGUAAACAACUACAAGAGAAGAAGAAGGAAGCAGAGAGAAGAGCAGAGGAGAGGAAGAUGAAGGUGCACAAGCAGAGACAGACUCUCAGAUCAUCAGCAGGUGGAGUUCCACAUAUUUCUGACAUGAAGGUUGUGCUGCUGGGAAACAGAAAUGCUGGGAAGAGUUCAUCAGGAAACACCAUCCUGGGCAGAGAAGAGUUUGGCACCUCAGGAAGAACAGCUGAGUGUGUGAGGAGAGAAGGAGAAACAGCAGGUAGACGCAUCACUGUAGUGGAGGCACCAGGAUGGUGGAACUUCACUGUAGAGCAAACUCUUGGACGGGAUAAAGGAGAGAUUGUCCUCAGUGUGUCUCUGUGUCCUCCAGGACCCCAUGCUCUACUCCUGAUCAUUAAUGUGAGUUGGUUAUUCACAGAGGCAUUCAGAAGAGCAGUGCAGGAACACAUGGAGCUGCUGGGUGAGAGAGUCUGGAGUCACACUAUAGUGCUGUUCACCAGAGGGAACUGGCUGGGAGACACGAGCAUUGAGCAGCACAUUGAGAGUGGAGGAGAGGCUCUGCAGUGGGUUGUAGAGAAAUGUGGGAACAGGUAUCAUGUUGUAGACAAUGAGAAGAGGGAUGGUGGCCAGGUGACAGAGCUGCUGGACAAGAUAGAGGACAUGGUGGCAGGAAACUUUCCAGUUGAAUCGGAGUAUGGAGUUUCCUCCCGAUUUUAGAGAACACAUCCCUGAUGACAGCUCUGGAGGACCAUCUGGAUACGGCUCUGCUGUAUUGAGACGUAUAUCUGAGCUCAUGAGGCCCUUUAAGCGCCUCAGCAUGGCUGCCUCCACUCAGAGUUCUGGCUAUGGCACAGGCCCCAACAUGGCUGGCUCCACUCAGAGCACUGGCUAUGGCACAGGGGGGGCAGCAGAGGAGGCUGCAGAUGGAGAGAUGGGAGCUGGGAUCCACAGAACCAGAGCACAUGGAGGUGGUGCGAUUGGGAUCCACAGAACCAGAGCACAUGGAGGUGGUGCGAUUGGGAUCCACAGAACCAGAGCACAUUUACCUACAACUUUUAACAUGGUUUCUUACUUGUAGACCACCUUAAAAUUGUUCACUUUUGUGGAUGUAUCUACAAUAACCAUGAAGAACGAUAAUUGCAUUGGAAGAGGAUCAUAUGGAGCAGUUUACAAAGGCUCAUACCAGGGAACUCCUGCUGCUGUAAAGAUCAUCCCUAUUGGAGAUAGUUCAGUCAUGACAAAUGAGUUUCUCAUACCUUUGCGUUUGUCUCACCCCCACAUUGUGCGGAUGAUGGCUGUAGCCAAAAGUAAGACCCAGAUCCUCAUUGCUAAUGAGUACAUCCAUGGUGCCAACCUCCAUCAGGUUCUUUAUAAAGACACUCCCAUCAAGGUGAGGCAUGUUCUCUCUAAAUAUAUAAGUAAUAAUAGCAAUCAUUAUACAGUUACACUGAAACCCAAUGGGAACACAAUGCAAUGGUAACACCAAGGCAUCCCGUGUGUUCAAUUCCCUUACUGGUUCAGUACUGAGGUGCAUCACGUUGAUCUUACAUGAUUCUGUUGGAUAAAGUCAUUUCUGUGGCAAAAUAUGUCGAAAGAAAAACAUGAGUCUCUAAUUUCCUGUUUUGUGGUUUAGUAAUUGUGACAAACCCUCUUUUCCUUUCUGUCCUAGUAUAUACGCUUACCUUGCGAGAUUCAAUUAGAAAAAUGGAUUACUCAAUGACUAUUUGAACACAAUAAGGUUGUUUCAUUCAAAACUAAACCCUUUUAUGUCUUUGUAACAUAAUAUGGUUUGAUCAAUUGGAUAGCCCUGACUUUUCCUUUUUAAGAGUGUAGUUCCGGUCAAGCUAUUUAUUCAUUUCUGAUUGGAUGAGAGACAUUCCAUGAGUCAUCACAAGUGCAGGUGUCCCAGGACAUCCCCACUUGUUACCGCUAGUAAUCACUCCGCAUAUUGCAUUGAAUUAUCUAACACCGAUAUUCCAUUCAUUCUAGAGAGCAACAAUUUCAUAAGUAUAAGUAUAUAUACUCUUUUGAUCCCAUGAGGGAAAUUUGGUCUCUGCAUUUA